AUGGGAAUUAGCAUCUGUCCAAAAUAACGUUAAAAUACUAUGCAUGAAGUCAAAGUUUUUAUUCAACCACCUCCAUGCAUGAUCAAACUUUAAAAAGUCUCUAAAAUCAUUUUAGAAGACGACGUUAUAGACAAAGAAGAUUCGCCUAUGCUACCUUAAAUUUAAAAAACUGAUAUUGAUGAAAUGAAAAUAUCAUUCACAGCUCAAUAAUCUGAAGAAAUUGAUAAUAAUCUAGAACAACCUUGGCUUAAAAAAACCUUUGCAUAAUCAUAAUUAAAUGAUAUAUAAAAUGUGUCAUUUGAACCUAAUAAUUCCAGUUUCGAUUUAUUCAAACCUAAAUCCAUUCUCAAAAUUAAUAAAAAUGUUAAUCAUAGUUAAGAUCAUAUCUCUAAUGAUUAACUUUCAAUUGGAUCUAUCAAGUCAAAUAAAAAAGUAAGCUUUGAUAAACAGAUACAAUUCAGUCAUUUUAGAAAACAAUGAGAUCUCUUAUCAAUUUGAUCAGAUUUUGAAUAUAAUUUAUUUCUUUUCCA